UGUCGUUCGUGAUGCUGCACCAGUUGGUGAACACGCGAGGAACACUGACGGUCGUCUCCUUUCCCAUCUCCUUGAGAAAUUGCAUUUGAAUUUCGGGUAAAACAAGUUUGAUUUCUUCCCACUGAAGAAAGAAAGAAAAAAAAAAGCAGACAGAUUUAGCAUAACCGUUUGAUCUUGGAGGGAGUUUGGUUCAUACUAGAGACCCAGCACAUACCUGUCAUAAAUUAGGUGUUGACACUAAGGAAGGGAGGGUUACGAACGUGUGGACUGUUUAUCUUCCUCUUUUUUUUUUCUUUCUUACUCCGCUCACCCAAGUGGAAGGAACCGCAUCGGCUUCGACGACAAAGAGGACAACAACAAGCUCAGGUGUCACACCCCCUCCCCCUUUUUUUUUUAUUUCUCCGUUUCAGAUGCAGUCGACAUUCGAUGAAUACAAAAUGAAGGCUCGGCUGUCACUUCAAUCGACAUUUGUCACGGCCCUUGUAGGCCUAGUCACCCUGAAGCUCGUCGCUGCUGCCUCUGUGCUGACUCAGCCUCCAGCAGCUUCUUUGACUUGGAUAUCCAACUCGACUUCGAGGUGGAAUGUCGUCUGGCCGAGGGCCGUCAUCUUGGGAUCGACGACGGUGAUGUGGAUCGAUCUGGAAGGAUUGGAACAAAUGACUAACGUCACCAUCCGGCUGGCUGAUUCCGAACGCACUUACGACGAAAAGACGCUGACGCUUCAUUACGGCCAGGCAAUGAGUCCUGUAGAGCUGACCAUCCCACCGACUUACGACGGACAGCUGACCGUCCGACUCGGCUGCGGAAGCCGUCCAGGAAAUGGCAGCGGAAAUGAAAGCAAAAGCAGCGGAUGCCAAAGUGAAGAGUUCCCCGUUCAUCCAUUAGAAGCCAUCCAAUCUCUUAGUUUACGCCUGGAACGCACUCUUUAUCAUCCGGAUGAUGUUGUGUCGAUCUGGAUAGCUUGUUUGGAUCAGCACGGACAGAUCAUGGCUGCAGCCGAUCCCGAACGUGGCCGGACGGAGCAGGUUGCCACGCAUGACGUCGCAUCAUCCGUCCAGGUGGCUGCCCACGAUCCCAACAAUGUCAUCGUCCAUUAUUGGAGUGUCUCGCUCGUCGGUUCUCAUGGUCUCAAGAACCUGCUCUUCCAGUUGAGCGAUCUGCCGCAACAGACGGGAAUGUGGACGAUCCGGGCCACUGCCGGCGGUUUGACGGCAGCUCAAAGCUUCCGCUUAGUCGACGUUGGCCACCAGCAUCAAAGCAAAAGCGACCCGGCUAAGAAUUUAAAUCAAAGGGAAGACAGGGUGGAAGAUACUUCACCGAUGGUAGAGUCGCACUUUGUCGAACUGGAAUUCAGUCCGCGGACGGCAUCGAUGAUCGAGCAAGGCGCCCCAUUCGCUGGAGAGUUGAUUGCUGGAACGUCAGAACGAGGCAUCACAGUCGGCCUGGACGUACUGGAUCAGCAUGGAGCGUCCGUCCAUCAUCAGACGAUCCAUUUCGACCGUACGACGUCAACGAUGAUCUUCACCGUUCCGGCUCUCUCCAAUCUCACGAGCAAUGCUACUUUACAAGGCACUCUGAAAUCGAUCGAAGGACAACCGCUGGAUAGCCAAUUCGUCUUGGCAAGCCAUUCUUUAGGUGUCAGCACUUGGCCGGCGUCGAGCGACAACUGCAAUGUCCAGCUGUUUAGCCAAACUGGCAAAUAUCGAUUUACGGAAGGUGAAACGUUGCAUUUGAGCAUUUAUUCCGGAUGCAAAUUGGUGGGGAAUCGCAUCAAUUAUGCCGUUAUGUCUCAAUCGUCCGGCCAUGUCAUCUCAUGGGGACAGGAAUACUUGGUAGCAAAGACUACGUUCCUUGCCGAUGGAAACAGCAGCGACGAUCAACCUAAAUGGGCAGCCGAACUUAACCUGAGCAUUCCUGUUAUGUACGAGAUGAUCCCGCGUGCCAUCGUGACCGUCUUUUUCUCACACGAAGGCCAGCGUUUGGCUUCAAGCUCUUUGGACAUCCAAGUGUAUAAUCACGUCGAAAGCAAGGUGACAGUUACGAGCGUCAGGGCCAAUAAAGUUCGAGUUAACAUGACGCUCACAACGGGCUCUUAUCAUUGCCUCUACGGCUCAUGGGCAGCAAAGGCUGAAACGAUUAACUCGGCCGAAUCGCCAAAGUUGAUUGGACCUUCCAUAGAAACGGAUAGAUUUCUCCGGCUGUUGCCAAAGUUCCAAACGCCUGCGACUCAGUGGCAACUUUUUGGCCAGUCGAGCGAACUCUGGUUCGUCCAGUGCUACGACCCGAGUGAAUCCACAACGAAAGAAUUGGAUUUGGUUGUAGCCAAUGGAGUCGAUCCGCAGCUGACGCUGUUGACGGUCGAUCAGAACGGCCGAGUGCACGAAUCGAAUGCCGUCGCGAUCCCGAUCAAGCCAAUCGACUGGACCAUCGAUUUCCAACUUCCCGAGAGGGUUCGUGUCGGUGAAGAAUUGGUGGUCGAUGUGGCACUCACCAAUCGUUUCAACAACUGCUCUCAGACUCAAUUGCAAAUGGCGCUGACGGGUGGCGCUGCUUUCGUCGCUAACGGCAAGAAAUAUCUCCAACAACCGGCCUGUCUGGCACCGAAAUCGAAGGCCGUUUAUCGUGUCGGCAUUCUCGUUAACGAGCCCGCACCAUUCGUCACGCUGACGGUUCAACUCAGGGGUUCGAUUUCGGGUUCGUGUUGCGCCCCGAGUGAAGUCAUCAACCUCGACGUCCAUCUAGAACAAAUGGAGACAUUGCCCGUCUCUAAAUCUGUGCCCGUUUCGGUCGCCGAUUUCCAGCACACCCAAUCUGACAGUUAUCUUUUCUGCCUAGAAGAGAACGUAUUUACGUCGAAUGCAUCGUCAUUCAAGUACGAAGUAUUUCCGCUUGCAAGUCACGUUAAAACGAUCGUGUUCCAGGCCUCAGCGCCGGCCGACUUGAGAGUGGCUCUUGGAAGUUCUGAAAGAUUCGAUGAGGAUGAAGCAACUUCUUAUUAUCUCGUCCUCGGCGGUGAGGAUAACAUGUAUUCGUGGAUAUCCAAACAGAUGAACGGUUUGUCCGAGAUCAAGAACAAAAUUUCGACUCCGAAAAUCUUACGUCAGGAUCGAUUGCAGACCUUCUGGAUCAGCUGGGAUCAAAUCAAAUUAGGGAGGAAGAAAAGGAAUAAGCCGUCCGUAUCGAUUAGGGAUCAAAAUCGUUGGUUGUUAUCCUUUGGCAAAGGAUCGCAUAUCGGUGGCCGUCCGCUAGCUUCGAUCCCUCUCGAGGUCGAUGACACUCCUUUCCGAUACGUCGGAUUCUCAACCAGCUGGGGAUUCCAAGGAUUCUUCAGAAUAUGGGGCACAGACGGGGGAGUCGAUCAAACUACGCGGACUCUUAACGUACCCAAACCGGGUGUGGGUUACAUCAACGCAGAACGUGCUGAAAUCACAGUGAAAGGCGGAAUAGCUUCGAGUCUUGAUGAUAUAUGGAGUACCACAGGAUUUAUGGAUCCGACUAGUCUUGUCACUGUGCUGGAACGAUUCCAUCACGGCCAGUAUGCCAAAAAAUCGAACGGCAAGGAAAACACCAGCUGGAACGCGAUCUUGCAGAACAUUCUGAGUUUCCGGCUAGCCGACGGAUCCUUCCAUGACGCGGACGGCUCAUCGGACGUCAAGCUCACUGCGUUGACCAUUCACGCCCUUUCUUCCAUAACGUUGCAGAGAUACUCUGAUCCUGAUUUGCUCAAAUCGGCUUUGACGUGGAUGCACGGCCAGCAAAGUGAGGACGGCAGUUUUGCUGACGGAUCGAACGCCACUCUACACGAAAGGAUUGAAACCACUUCUUUCAUACUGACGUGUCUAUCGGAUGUCCAACACGAUGAUAUCGUAUUGUUCCAAGUGAGUUCGGCUGCUCAGCGAUUCUUGGAACGCGAGUUAGCUGUCCAUCACGAGAUGAAGACAAUCGUUCCAAUGGCUACAGCCAUCCUACUGUCACAUUCUUCCUCUUGGCCUGAGACUCUAGUUAAGCUGGAUAGUGUCUACGAUCAGCUGAUGGAUUGCUACUCGACCGACCGACGAGAAUGUUUGAACGAGAUGACGUACGCCCUGACAGCUUAUUCGCAUCAGAAUAAAGCAGUGAACAUCCUGGAAAUGGCCAGGAAUUUGGUAUCUGCACCGUGGCACGCUCUCCAUCCGCUGGAUAAACUUAGAACAAUGAAAGCUUGGAGCAAGUACAGUGAGGUGCUCAACGAUCCGGUUCGCAAUCUCAAUAUGCGGCUGAGAUUCCAGAACGCCGAAGUUCCCAUCGUGCUGCCUCAUCAUUUGCAUAAUGAAUCCAUUCUGACUAACGUGUCAUUACCUGCAACGCUGGAUUAUGACGAAGAGAUUGUGAUGUCUGUGACAAACGAUAAUGAAACGCGUUUAGAAUCCCAGGAAGAGCAGCAAAAUUUGCGUAUGCAUACACCGACACUUACCUACGACAUUCCAAGUCUCCCACAGAACGUAGAAGUGACGCUGUCCGGCACGGGAUGUGCCAUUCUUCAGACCAAAGUUUACUGGAAAACUCUGGAACCACCGAUUUCUGAAGCUUCUGCCCUUUCCAUGUUCGCCUCCGUUGAAGGCACCGGUGACAACGAAGAGCCACCAACGGCCUUAAACGUCACCAUAUGUGUCCAUUGGAAUGAAACUGUUCCAGCUGAUUUGAGGCUUCGCAUGGAAAUGUUUUCCUCUUAUUUAGUGUCUUCGGUGGAUGCAGAAGAUGGUUUUACUGAAGCCCAAUACAAAAUAUUGCCAAAUGGUGAUGUCGUCAUGAAUAUUGCCAAGAUCAAGUCGAAUUGCGGCCGGUGCUUUCGGCUAACAGCUGGAAGGGUGGGAUUGGUAAAGAAUAUUCAUCCUGGAAGGAUCGACGUCCUGGAGAAAAAUCAUCCACAGAUCCAUCAAAGUUGGCUUUUAAAUGGGCCUAAAAACACGUCGGUGUGGGCGCCUACAAAUUCGUUGGCCAACAGCUCAGAUAAUUGGCUUCCAGAGAAGCCUCACACUUGCGACUAAAUGGAAUCAACCGGAAGAAUUUGGGUCUUUUUUAAAUAUUACUUCUUCUCGUUUAUUCUUGUUAUACUUUUCUUGUGUCAUAAAUUGGAAUCAUUUAAAUUAAAAAGUUCAAAAAAAAAAAAAAUUUUUUUGUUUCUUUGUGAAAUUUCUCUGAAAGGAAAUGAAUCGAUACAUUUCUUUGUUGUAACGAAAUAUCUUAACUACGCAAUGUUAUCAACACAUUUCCAGAAAAAAAACAAACAAAAUACAUAGGCUCGAGAGAAAAACUGUUAACUUUAA